AUGAGCUCGCUAAGGAGGAAACUAAGCCUAUCGUGGAAGCGGAGUGCCUCUAAGAACGGCGGCGGCCAACCGCAGGGAACCUAUCUCGAGUCAAGAAGACGGAAGAGCUCAGCCUCAAGCCUGAAUGCCGUGGUGGCGCAAAACCAGCGCGGUCGUGACGAUGGCGGAGCGAAGAAGGAAUCGACGCUCGGUACUGUUUCUGAGCGCACCACCAUUCCUCACAAUUCGUCGGUUGUACAAAGGAUUCUGAAACCUAGGCCCUCGACCGCCGCUCUACGGCACCACGAUGUUUGGACCGGCGAUCUAGACAACUACGACCUAAUCGCCGAAGACGAAAUGAAAAAGCUCGGGAUGCGUCGCAAGGACACAGAACUAGCAGCCCGUACCCUGGAUGCGCUCCGGAAGCGUGCCAGUGCCAAAGAGCGCGUCAGCCCCCAGGAAGCGAUUCGGAUUGCCGUACUCAACAUUUAUGAACGGGGCGAGAUUGUGGACUAUAAGGACGUCUAUUUUUGCGGCACGCAAAAUGCGGCCAAGGUUGUCGGAGACCCGCAAUCCGACAGCCCCAACUUUGGCUAUGACGACGAGCGUGGGGAUUACACCAUCGUGCCUGGAGAUCACCUUUCCUACCGGUACGAAAUCAUUGACGUGCUCGGGAAAGGAAGCUUCGGCCAGGUGGUUCGCUGCAUCGACCACAAGACGGGUGUUCUUGUCGCGGUCAAAAUCAUCCGUAACAAGAAGCGGUUCCAUCAGCAGGCUCUGGUUGAAGUGAACAUCCUGCAGAAACUACGGGAAUGGGACCCGCAAAACAAGCACAGCAUGGUGAACUUUACCCAUAGCUUCUACUUCCGUGGCCAUCUCUGCAUCUCAACCGAACUCCUGGACAUGAAUCUCUACGAAUUCAUCAAGUCAAAUGCCUUCCGGGGCUUCUCACUCAAGAUGAUCCGCAGGUUCACGAAGCAGAUGCUCAGCUCUCUCAACUUGCUCAAGCAACACAAAGUCAUCCACUGUGAUCUGAAACCGGAAAAUAUCCUUCUAAGACAUCCUCUACACACGGAGUUAAAGGUCAUUGAUUUCGGCUCCAGCUGUUUCGAAAACGAGAAAGUAUAUACGUACAUCCAAUCCAGGUUUUACCGCUCACCUGAGGUUAUUCUGGGCAUGACUUAUGGCAUGCCCAUCGACAUGUGGUCGCUGGGGUGCAUCCUAGCCGAACUCUACACGGGCGUGCCCAUCUUCCCCGGCGAAAACGAACAGGAACAGCUGGCAUGCAUCAUGGAAGUCUUUGGCCCGCCAGAGAAGCACCUGAUCGAGAAAUCCACCCGCAAGAAGUUGUUCUUUGACAGCAUGGGCAAGCCGCGCCUCACCGUCUCCUCCAAGGGCCGCCGUCGCCGCCCAUCCUCCAAGACGCUCCAACAAGUCCUCAAAUGCGACGACGAGGCCUUCCUCGACUUCAUCGCCCGCUGCCUCCGCUGGGACCCCGACCGCCGCAUGAAGCCCGAAGAAGCCAUCCGCCACGAAUACAUCACCGGCCAAAAGACCUCGGUCCCCGUCCCGCGCGCCAUCCGCGACUCCUCCCCCAGCAAACGCAUCAACAGCCUCAACGCCCCGCGGCCCCUCCCCGAACCCCCUGCCGCCGCCAAGACCACCGCAUCCCUCCGGUCGCGCGACAACGCCGCCGCCGCCUACGGGCCCUCGGCAACAAAAUCGACCGUCCAGCAUUCAUCGGGGGGCACCCGCCGGGUGUCAGGCAUGAGCGUCACGUCGGGCGGCGCCACCGGCGCUAAGCGCACGAGCACCGGCGCGAAUUCUACCUUCAAUGGCGGCGGCGUCCCCGGCUCGCUGAGCAAUAGCAGCUUGCCCAGGGCGUCGGCGCGCACCGUGAGCGGCAGCAUGGCGACGGGGCUGGCCGGCGCGGUCUCUAAGCAGGAUCUUGCUGCGGCGGGCGCGACGGCGGCUAUGAGUCGGCGUGUUUAG